AUUGUCUAAAGCCACAGGGAAAAUGGUGGAAAAUUCACCGUCGCCAUUGCCAGAAAGAGCGAUUUAUGGCUUUGUUCUUUUCUUAAGCUCCCAAUUUGGCUUCAUACUGUAUCUUGUGUGGGCAUUUAUUCCUGAAUCUUGGCUCCAUUCCUUAGGAUUAACCUACUGGCCUCAAAAAUACUGGGCAGUUGCAUUGCCUGUCUACCUCCUCAUUACUAUAGUAAUUGGUUACGUACUCUUAUUUGGAAUAAACAUGAUGAGUACCUCUCCACUCAACUCCAUUCAUACAAUCACAGAUAACUAUGCUAAAAAUCAGCAGGAGAAGAAACACCAAGAAGAGGCCAUCCCAGCAUUAAGAGAUAUUCCUAUUAGUGAAGUAAACCAAAUGUUCUUCCUUGCAACCAAAGAACCGUAUGCCAAAAACUCCUGUAUUUCUGUGGUAGGAGCAUGUCCCCACACUUCAGAGCAGUUUGAGAGGACCAGUUGGCUCCAUCCAGGAGGAGGGUAAAUAAACAAUAAAAUACCUGUUUUUACAGUUGAAAACCCCACAGCCAUGCAACAAGAACUAAUUACUGCUCUACCUAACAACAUGAAUGAAUAUCACACACACACAUGUUGGAGGAAAAGACAGACAUAAAAGAAUAUAUAGUGUAUUAUUCCAUUUAUAUGAAACUCAAAAUCAGGAAAAACAAACCUUUGGUGAUAAAUAUACAAUAGCAAUAUUAACCAGGAGAGGCAUGAGGGAACCCACUGGGAGCUUAAAGGUCUGGAUUGCAGUUACUUGGCUGUAACAGAAGCAUAGCCUUAAUAUCAUUUAACUUGUGCUUCUUAAAAGUGAAUCAUAGCUGACAUACCAUAUUAUAUGAAUUUCAGGUGUACAAGGGAGCAGUUUGAUACUUUUAUACAUUACAAAAUGCUCACCCCAAUAGGGUUAGUUACCGUCUGUCACCAUAUACAUUCACUACAGUGUCAUUGACUAUAUCCCCUAUGCUGUACAUUACAUCCCUGUGGCUUAUUUUAUAAGAAGUUUGUGCCUCUUAAUCCCCUUUAGCUGUUCCACUCAUCCCCCCACCCAAGAUCUGUGCCCUUGAUGUAAUUUACACAUCAAUAAAAAGGUAAAGAACAGUGCCUAUGCCCCAUCCCCAGAAAUUUUCUUUUAAUAUUUU